AUGGCCGCAAGAGUGGUGGCACCACCGGAACAACAACAUGAACGAAGGGAAAUAAAUGAAGGGGAUUUGCCAGUAUCAAUGUUCCUGACACCUAUAGCAGCACCCAUGCGCUCCAGUAUCGUGUAUCCAGAUUUUGGGGUGAAUAACUUUCAGAUCAGAUUUAAUGAGCUGAUGAGAAAAUGUCCAAACCAUGGAAUCACUCAAGGAAAUCAAGUGCAGUACUUCUACACUGGACUCACACCACUGUCAAAAUCCCAAGUCGAUGCCUCAGCUGGAGGAUCAAUUAUAGGAAAAUAUGUGCAGCAAACCAUGGAACUGUUUGAGUUGAUUGCCACUACACAUUCAAUGUUCUCGUCGGAAAGAGUGGCGCCACCGAAGACAGGAGGAAUGUAUGAAUUAGACAGCACAAUAUCUACCAAUGCACAGAUAGCAGCUUUAACAAAACAGGUAGAGUUACUUGUAAAAUUGCAAACACAUGGAGCAAAUGCAAUGAUGGUCAGUUCAAUAUGUGAGAAUUGUGAGAGAAGUCACCCUACAGAGAGAUGCAUGAUGCUCACGUCUUUAGAGGAACAAGUAAACUUUAUUCAAAAUAGCUCCCGUAAUUUCAACUCAUAUGGUAACAAUUUCCAGCAAGAGAGAAGACCAAGUUUGGGGGAGAUGUUUCAACAAUAUGUGCAGAAGACAGACAAGAUAGCACAACAACUUGCAGAACGUCCACAAGGCACAUUGCCAAGCAAUACAAUGAUAAAUCCUAAGGAACAGUCGAUGGCAAUUGAAGUAGUCCAGAAUGAUCCGCCCAGGGCCCCCGUAAAAGUUAAAGCAUAUGUACCUCCACUUCCGUUUUCCCAAAGACUUCAAAAGAAGUCGAUGGAGCAAAAUAUUCAUGUCAUAAAUACAAAGAGCGAGGUAAAAUCACCAGAGAUCACUACAGAGAGACCCAAAAGAAAAGAUGACCAAGAAGUGAUUGAUGAAGCUACAAGGGUAGAAAAAUCUGCACCAAAUGCAACUGAAAAUAGAGAAGGUACAGAAACAUCAGCUGCCAAAGCACCAAGUCUAAACAAAGCUUACAUGCCUCCCAUUCCCUUUCCUCAAAAGCUCAAGAAGAACAAACAAGACACAAACUAUGAAAAAUUCCUCGAUGUUCUCAAGAAGCUCCAGAUCAAUGUUCCGUUCAUAGAUGCGAUACUACAAAUUCCAAGCUAUAAGAAAUUUUUGAGAGAGAUGUUGACAAAGAAAAGAAAGCUUCCAGAGUUUGAAACUGUGGCAUUAACUGAGGAAAGUAGUGCAAGAGUCCAGAGAAAAUUGCCUCCUAAAUUGAAGGAUCCAGGGAGUUUUACUUUACCAGUUUCAAUUGGAAAUUCCUAUUCAACUAAUGCAUUGUGUGACACUGGUGCUAGUAUCAAUCUAAUGUCGUAUUCUACUUACAGGAAAUUGGGACUAGGUGAAGUCAACUCAACAUCAAUAACGCUACAACUCGCUGAUAGAACAAUCACAAGGCCACGUGGCAAAGUUGAGAAUAUACUCGUCAAAGUAGGAAAUUUAAUAUUUCCUGUGGAUUUCAUUGUAUUGGACAUACCAGAAGAUCGAGACAUUCCAAUUAUAUUGGGUCGACCAUUCUUAGCAACGGGACGGACCCUUAUUGACAUGGAGAAGGGAGAACUAAUCUUGAGGGUGGAGGACAAGCAGGAGAUAUUCAAUAUUUACAUCCAAUAUGAGAAACCUGAGAAACCUCCCAAUUGCUGUAGAAUUGAUGAAGAAGAGCCACCUGAUCAACGAAAUUGUCAAAAUAAAAAAACAAAUUUUGGAGAACUUCUUGGUAGAGAUAAGAAUGGACAAAUCAAAAUUUGGAGAGCAAAAAAGGACUGCAUCAAUGAAAAUUGCACAGAGUCCAAUGAUGGAAUAACUUGGAACAUGACGUCACGGAACACUCAAAACAACAUGGACAUGGAGAAAAUGGGACAAAUCUCAAGUUUGGGGGAAAAUGUAGAAGAAGAGUCAAUCAAAUGCAACACCAAGACACCACAACAUCAUGGGCAAUACUGA